AUGGACACGGUGAAGAGACUGCAGCCUUCCGUUCGGGAGCUCUCCAGCAAAGAUCCGACGACUCGCAGUGAUGCUGCCAAAGACCUGGCUGUGAUCGUGAAACAACAUCAUUUGUAUCCCAUCUCGCUGGUGCAACUGGAUGGCGUGAAGCCCCUCAUCAAGCUGGUGUCGGCAAAAGAAAAGGAUGUGCAAGGGGGUAUGGAGCGUGCAAACGCCGCCCUGGCCCUCGGCCAUUUUGCCAAGAGCAGCAACAAGCACCGCGAGGCCGUGGUGGCGGCCGGAGGCCUGGGUCCCUUGGUUCGAAUGCUCGAUUCUGACCGUGCAGUGGAGCGCUGCCAAGCGAGCUUUGCUGUGGCGCAGCUUUGCGAGGACGAUGCCAGAGCUCAGAGCAUUGCUGUCCGCCUCAAUGCUGUGCACCACCUGGUCCGAGAGCUCAGCUUGGAGAGCGGUGCCGUAAGCAACGCGGCCUACGCGCUCGCCGUGCUGUGCGGAAAGAUGCAGGUUCAGUCAGAGAUAGGGCGGAUUGGGGCCGCAGAGCCACUGGUUCAGUAUCUGUCUGCGCCGAAUGCCGCUGAGCGCAUCGACGCCGCGCAUUGCCUGUCGAAGCUGGCAAAGGGAAACGCUGAAAACCAGGCAAGCAACUGUUAUGGUUUUAGGGGUUGA